GAGCGAAUACAAAGAUGAAUCUCACCAAAUUUCAUAAUUUUCGAUAAAUUUGAACGAAUUCAUUAAUUUUUCUCUUAAGUUAACACUUAUGCUGAGGGAUAUUUAGGUCAUAGAUUCUUUUUUUGGUUUCGAAAACCGGCGCUGAUUAGUUGCAUUGCAUCAAACCCUGGCAGUGGCAAUGGCAGCUGCGACGACGGCAAUACAGAGGUUCCCCCAACACAGAUACGUCGACGCAGUUCGCUGGCUUCCUCUACAAUCCGCAUUCGACCGAUUCGCAGUUCUGGCUCUCUUCGACUUCGAUUCCGAUGCUUCCUCCAUCGAAAUCCACGCUCUCAACCAAAACCCCUUCUCCUUGGAGCCCCACUCUUCCUGGUCCUCUCCUUCCCGCGUUUCCUCCCUCAAGCCUUCUCACUUCCUUCAGAAGCCCCUCAUCGUCGCUUCCACCUCCUCCGGCUCCCUCCACUUCCUCUUCUCCAAUUCCUCCGAUGCCUCGCUCCUAUCCGAGGUUUCUCUUCCCGAGGGCGCGCUGCAUUCGCUUCCCGCUUCUUGCGUUGACCUAAUGGACGGUGGCGUUGAGUGCGUCACCGUUGGGGAAGAUGGCAAGGUCAACUUGGUUGGUAUCGGGGAUUCCAAUUUGAAUUACCGGAGGUUGUUUGAUAGCGCCGGGUUGGUUUCAUACACCGCAGUGAGGUGGGCGUCGCCGAUGGAGUUCGCCACCGGUGGGUUCGGCUUCGGUCUUCAGUGGUGGGACCAACGUAAACCGGGAGGACCGGUUUCCCAGUUUAAGGGUAACUGGGAUAAGAAAUUGACAUCUGGGAUUGUGCACUCUAUUGACAUUCAUCCCUCGCGCAAGCACACUUGCCUGGCUGGUGGUUCCUUAGGUACGGUUUUUGCCUGGGAUCUUAGGUGGCAGCAACAACCAAUUAUACUUUCAGGUGCUGGAGCUGCCAACACUGCGGUUCAGUCCAUAUCUGAAAGUGAGGUUUGGGAGGUUCAGUAUGAUUGUUGCAUAAAAUCAAACACUUCAUCUACCCGGAUCUUACCUUCCAUGAUAUGCUCAGAGGAUGGAAUUCUCGGUGUGAUUGAGCAAGGUGAGGAACCUAUUGAGCUGCUGGCUGAACCUUGUGCCAUCAAUAGCUUUGAUAUUGAUCGACAUAAUCCAUCUGAUGUGAUAUGUAGUUUAGAAUGGGAAGCAGUAGCCAUAUUGACAAGACAAUAACAUUCAGGAUUUUUACUUUUUGGUGGCUUGAAUUUCCGAAAGGAUAUAGCUUGUAACUGAUAGAAGGAGUGGAGGUUUUAACGGACAAUUUGUGUUUGAUGUACUCCGCAAUGUUCUAUUCCUUUUCUAAAGUCAUUUGCAUGCAAAUGGAUUUUGGGAUGGUACAAUAUGUAGCAUGCGUAUAAUUGACUUUAAAGAGGCACAUUGGAUCAAUACUACUAUCAUCCGUUUUUCCUAAAAUGCACUGCCUAGUGGUUAAUGCUGGUGGGCUCUGUAUCCUGGAUAUUUAUCUAUCAACUAUUUGAUUCCUGUGUUGUUUUAACCUGAUCACGUAAAAGUUAAAACAACAGAGUU